AUGCUGCGGCCAGCGGGUCAACCGUCUCAGUUCCGAGCAGUUGCUGCGCUGCUCUCAUUGCGACAGCUGGCAGACUCUGACUUUCGUGACAUUGGGGGAUGCUGGGUGGGGGCCCUCUUUGAGCAUGGGCAUUUGUAUCGCUGCGCAAGCUCGUCAAUGCCUAUGCUUUGUCUAGGCUUUCACUACAAGAUUGCCUUCAUGUUUCACGUCCAAGAAUUGGAGCAGGGCUUCUUCAGGUUGUCCGAGGACAGUGCCACUGAGCCGUUGGAUGCGCGUGACGCAGCCUCCAAGUUUGAGCCAGUGUGUCUAACCAGUAUCAACAAGGCAGUCUCGGAUGCUGUGGAGCCAUGGACAGGCAUACCUGUGAAAGUUUGUCUACCAACAGACCUACCGGCCACCAUCCGCGGAACAGGCAUCUUGCUCAAGCAGACCGGUGCAGAGACGGGUUUGGUUAAGUACUGGCUGCAGCACGGCACGCUGUGCCAGACCGCACCAGCCACGUUCCUCAAAAUGCUGUGCAGCGCUACAGGUGUUGAGGAAGAUGCCGGAGGGAUUGACGAAGGCAUGGGCAAACAGGAAGCGCUACUGACGAUGCUCGUGUCGGCAUACUUUCCAGACUUGUCGGCCAAAGACAAGAGGGACAUGGUGCUACGGCUACUGAAGUCGGCCGAGGGCACCAGCAAAAGGAAGUCGCCAGCGUGUCUCUCUGCCGUCUUGAAGAUCCUGGCGCACGAAGAUGAUUUCUCGAAACUGAUGGAGCUGAAAACCCAGGUCGACGAUGAAGACAGAGCAGAUUUGGUGAUCCGGCGUGAAGGUUAUCACCGCUCCAAGGCAGCUGCUUUCACGCCGCUACUCAUCAAAAACUUGAAGCCGCCUGGGCCCGGCAUCUACAUCAACAUGCAGACGUCCCUUUGCCAGUUUCAGGGCUACUAUGAGAGACCGCAGAAGCCAGCCGAUGACAAGGGCAAAGUCAAGAAAAAAAAGGGAAGGGUGGGCGCUUUCACUCCACCGCCCGGCAAUGGGGAUGUCUCGGGGAAGCCAUCCAACAAAGAAAUCCAGGCAGCCUUGGACAAGGUUUUGGCUGGAGAGACCGACCCCGGAGAUGUUGCAGAGGCAGAUGAGCCUCAGGCAGGUGCGGCGGGGCCCGUGCCUGGGGACGACUCCGACGAGGACGUGGAUGAGAAGCUUGGUAGCUCAAGCUCAUCUUUGUCAGACAGCGCAGGUGCCAAGCCUGGUCCCUCAGGCGUCCGAAAGUCUACGCCUGCGGGGCAAGCCUCGCCAAAGCAGAGACUGACGCCUGUUUCGCCAGGUGCAAAGUCGAGGGCUGGGGCAGCAUUUCCAAAGGAAAGUGAAGCUGCCACACAGCCAGAGGAGCCUAUGUUCGUGGUGCCAAAGGCAACGAAGACGGACAAGGGCAAGGACGAGGCGCCUAAGAGCGAGGUGCCCAAAGAAAAGAAAGACAAGGCGUCCAAGCGCAAGGCGGCCGAGGAGGGCGCCGACAAGAAGAAGGAGAAAAAGAAGGAGAAGAAGGAUUCCAAGAACAAAGGCAAGGGCGCCAAGGAGCAACGCUCCUGGGAUUGCAUUUUUCUUGGGAGACUCCGACCCGUAUAA